UAACCAAAAACACGGGGAGACGGGACUCUAGUAAAAGAUGGCCCUUUAUAGUGUCGGAAAUUUUCCAAGAUGCAAGUUUUUAAGAGGAAGCUCAAAAGCAUAGAUAUUGCUCAAAAGAAAACACGGAAACUAAAUUAAUUCAUGGCUUCAAUAAUAUUUGCUGUGGGUGUGGCUUGUUGCCAAUGGCAACAUAACAACUUGAUUCCUCCAUCCAUGCUGGCACAAUGUCCUUGAGUGGACUCUCUUCUCUCGUUAGUGACAAGAGAGUGACUGAUUCAGAAGAUGAGGAGACAGGAGGUGUGGAUGAAGACUCAGAGAAGGAAGUGGUGAUUGCUAAGCCACCAGAACAAGGUGGCCUUUCUUCGCAUAGUCAGUCAAUAGCUGCCUCUGAUCUACUGGAUCAGCUUGUUGAAAAUGGCUCAAUAUCUGGAGAAAGAGCUGGUAGAUUGAAGAGGAAAUACAAUUCUCUAAUUCACAGCAUUGAAAGGUCACGAGCGGCUGAGAAUGCUCUUCUACAAAAAUCACACGAGCUGAAACAGCAACUGUCGUCUGGUCAGACUACCAUAGAGAGAGGUGAUGGUUUCCCUGAGUCUGAUAGCUCUCACACCUCCAAACUGAGACAGACUCUCCUCACUCAACACAACGAGCUACUCCAAACUGAGAAUAGAACAAUAAAACUGGACAGAGAAAUUGAACAACUAGAGGAGGAGAAGAGACAGUUACAAAGAGAAUAUGAUCACCUACCUAAGAGAGAGGAACUUGAUGAGAAGCGUCAAUCACUGGAUACUGCAAUACAUCAACUACAUGAUGAAAUUGACCAGAGGAUUGCUAUUGUUAAUUCUCUCAAAGAUGAGGUCCACAAGGUGAAUGAGACUAUUGCUGGCAUUCAAAGAGACACAGCAGAACUUCACAAACUAGAGAACACGGUCCAAGAGGAUCUCUCCAGUAUACUGAUAGCUCCUACCAACCUACCAAGGGAAAUGGAUAAAAUCAGGAAACAAAUAGCUGAUAAUGAGAAACAGGUAUUGGAUCAUACUCAAGUUCUUGAAGGACUAGAUGAAGAGAUAGCGAGACUGACUCAACUUGUCAACAACAUGAAGGAGGAGGUUGUCUCAGAGCGAGCACUAUCAAUGGAGGAGCGACGUAAAGUUGAGAAAAACCAAUUAAGACUGGAAGGUAUGGAGAAGAACAUACUCUUAGCUAAAGAACAAGAGGCAGCAUAUUUAGAGGAAGGUGCUAAUACUGAGCUCCAGUACAAGCACAGGACGAAUGAGCAGAGGUCAAUAUAUGAUGGACUCAUGAUUAGGACUAAAGAGAAAGACAAAGACUUAAAGGCAUUAAAAAGAGCUGAGAUCCAGUUGAGAUCAACUCAGAGUGCCCUGGAGCAGCAGCAUAGGAUCCUGGAGCCUCUCAUCAUUAAACUGGAGGAGAUGCAGUCAAAGAGUAAGUCAAGACAAGGAGAACUGUACAGUCUAACCAAUGAGGUUGAGACACUGAGGAAAUCACUCAAGCAAAUGGCGGGUACUGAGGAGUAUCAGGAACAAAGUUUAGAGUUUCUACUUGAGAGAGAGAAAGAGCUGAGACAGUCGGCUAGGAGGAACCAGAAGCUGGUGGGAGACAUUUCUAAAGCUGCACUGGCUAUGAUGAAGCAAAGAGACAAUCGUGCCAAAGACUUUUAUAAAGCUAUUCGUCAGAAGCAACAGGUAGAGGAUGACAUUAGAAAAGGAACUAAUCAAAUUGAGGACCAACAGAAAAGACUGAGAGACCUAGAAAUAAGUUUGAGGGACUUUGCUCAAGCUUAUGAGCUCGUUAAAUCAGAGAGGAACAUUGUCUACUCUCAGAUACAGUCGUACCAGCAGCUCUCAGCUGAGAUGAGAGAGAAGCUGAAGGUUCUUCAAAACGAGAAGGAAAUACUCCACAAUGCAGUGGACAGUAAAACAAAGAUUCUCGCAAGGUCUCAUUUAGCUAUAGCUAGUAAGACCCAGGAUAGGGAUGGGCAGCACUCUGAGCUCACUAAAAUAAGGACACAACAGGAGGAUGGGCGGAGCGAGCUUGAGAGACAAAGAGAAGUUCUUUACAAACUAACGCAGCAAAUAAACUCAACGGAACAAACACUGAAUAGACUUUGUCAGUAUUAUGAGCAAGUGGUUCAGAGCAGGAAUGACACUGGACUCCAGCUUAUAGAGAGGAAUGAAGAAGUCUGUGUCUUCCAUGAGAAGAUUAACGUACAAGCUACAAUAACUCAGCAGGGGAUUGCUAAGCUAGCUGAAAAAGAGGAAGAAUUGCAGUUCCUUAAAAUGGAGCUUGCUAGACUCCAGAGAGAGAUUAAGAUUAAUCGUGAUCAGUUACCAGAGAAAGAAGAGCUAGAGAGAGAACUAACGCUACACCAGAACAUGUUAUUAUCAACGAAGGAGUCAUUGAAGUGUUUGGAGGAGGAGAUGUGUGAUGCCAGGAACCCAGAGAGGGUUAGACUAUUAGCAGGAAAGGAUCCGUCCUGUAAGGAACUAAGAGAAAGAGUACAGAAGCUUCAGGAUCAACUAUCUGAGCGUGAACAUCAACUGCUAGAGAAGGAGCUGCUAAUGGAACAGAUCCACAGGUUGCUAGGCAGGACACAAAAGAAAGUAGAAGCAAGGAAAGAGACUACAUUCCAGGUUGGAACAAAAGGGAAUCACUAUCAGUCCAAACUGAGGGAACUGACAAAGAAGAUAAUGUCAAGUAUAUCAGAACUAUCAGUACAACAGGCGUUGGCACUUCACCUGAGUCAAGUGGUAAGUGAGAAGGAGACUCAACUUGAAAGAGCUUACAAGAGACUAGAGGCAGGGGAACCCCCUGAUGAUGAAGUAACUAAUGAAAUAGUGAAAGCCUAUCAGAAGACAUUGAACAAAAUAUCAUCAUCUGAUAAUGACAUGUCCUUACAAGAUGAAGGUCGUGAGCUACCCAAUGGAGUCUACACUACAGCCUCGCCACGUCCCAAUGCUUACAUACCUGACAGCGAGACAGACUUACCUCUUCCGAAACCUUAUGGUAACCACGCCCCCUUCAAACCCACCCAACCUGGGGCCAACAUACGACACAUCAGAAAACCACACCUACCUCCGAUUGACAUUUAGUGACUGGUUUUAUCAAGUUUGGUAUAAUUAUAAUUAUCAAUAAAAUAAGAAACCAUUUAGACUUAAACCAUUUAAAGUAGACAAAAUUACUUAAUGCA